AUGCCUCCCUCAACCAGGGCCUCCACAGAAGACCCGCAACCACUCAUUUGGCUUCUUCAAUCAUUCACAUUCGGCAAAGAACAAAAGAUUACUGGACCUACGAGCCUGUUCUUGGAUCGUGCGAACGCAGAGUUCGGGUUCAUCCGGUAUAGUGCCCACAAUGUCGCGGCGAUUCUACGUUUUCCUGACACAGAUGAACCCAUGUACUUCCAAGCCGAGAGCGUGCGCGCAGCAGCUUGGAGGGAGAAGUGCAAGAAGGUCUGUCUCCUCUUCCAGCAUCUGCAGCUUGACCUAGAGUUUGCUUCGCCAGAUCUCGCUCGCUCGUUUCUGGACAUGUUGGGAGACAUUAUGAUGGCAAUAGGCAAUCAAUUCUACACCUAUGAAGUUCCGCCAAAAGUUGCAUUUAUGAAGGCCGACUUCGACAUGGAACAGCAGGGCUUCAUCAGCCGCGCUACGGAGCCUUGGAUCGCGCUUCAAAAAGAGUCAUCCGAGUGGCCUCGUCUCCGCAAAACGGGUGAGUGGUCAGACUUCACCAUUUCCGCAGGAGGCAGCCAGUUUCCGGUUCAUCGCGUCAAGAUUUGCAAAGAAUCGAACUACUUCAAAGCGGUAUGCAGCGGUGGAUUUCGAGAAACCGCACAGCAAUCUGUCGUCCUACCCGAAUCAGCGCAAGUCAUAUCGUCUUUGCUCGACGAGAUGUAUGGCGUCUACAGUCCCACGACCGGCUCAAUCUUCACGAACUUCAUACCCCGUAAGGCGAUUGAAAAAGAGCAUAUGUUGAACCAACUUCUUGAUCUCUUCGUUGCUGCGGACAAAUACAACCUCGAAGCUAUCAAGCGCAAGGCUGCAGAAGCCAUCAUCGACCGGCUCCCUUUCGUCAACGAUGCGCUCAUGAUCGUCGACCUCGCCACUUGCGUCUACCAUGAGAGAUGUCCGGAGAACGAUCGCGGUUUACGUAAAGCCAUCAUUGCGUGUGUUCGGACGAGGAUGCCUACUAUACUAGGAGACGAGAGCGCGUGGAAGGAAUUCUCAGAGAACAAAGAUGUACUGAGAGCGUCUCAUUUGCAUACGUGUGAGAUGGACGGUGCUGACGGCAGUAAUGGAAAUGUAGUUGGGAUUGGGGCUGGGAUGACGACGCCGCCCGCUUCGCCGAAUACGAUAGCUGGGCGGUAA